GGAGAAUUUAAACCCGAACGUUACAUCCAUAGUUUGUGCUCGACUCGCUCUGAGAACAGUCCUCGGUUAUAUUGUGUGGAAGGACAGUGUGCGAAAAUGGCAGACAGCGACUCUGGUAGCGCCGCUGAACGCUACGAGUUUGAUGCUCCGUCCCAUGUUAUUGACUUGCAAGACCUGGAGAAGAGCGAAAACGAUGAUCAAUGGUUUGAACAAAAGGCCGAUGGAGCAGAUGGUCAACUUUAUACAGCUUCCAGAUCCGACUGGCCCUUUAUGAGAAGUAAUGUGCCCAGGGCUAUUGUAACUCCUCAAGUCAAGGCGGAUGUGGACACUGUUCCUAGCACGUCCACGUCUAUACCUCCAAACGUCGUCACAUCCUGGCCAGCUGGAACUGUGUUGCAGACGCUAACCAAUGCUCAACCAAGGAGGAGGACGGCAGCAAAUCAACCUCCUUCCCAACCACGCAGGGUUUCAAAACGUAAAGAGGCGAACAGCAGCUCCGCUCCACCGCAACCAGCUGCUCCACCGUUGAAGAAACACAGAAUGAGUCCUGCUGCCCAACCAGCUCAAAGAUCCAGCAGUGUCCUCCGCAGAGGUGGACAGCUCAAUUCCAGGACUGCACUCCGAAGAAGUGGAAGGCUGAAUCCCAAGACUGGGGCAACCGCUUCCACCAGUGCAAACACUGAGCCGUGUAGCUCAGAAGAACAGGAGCUGGAGCGCAUCAGGAACCUCCAGAAAGAAGUGGCUCUGCACCGCAAGCAGAACGAGGCGAGCUACAAAGCUGCUCUGGCUGGAAAUCCACCACCAAAGAAGUCUGUUCUGUCUACGACUGUGCCUAAAGAGUUCCACUUCAACACGGACACGCGUGUGAAGGCGACCACUUCAUCCAGCAGUGCACAGAGAGAAGUGGACUUUAUGAGUCAGCUUCGUAAACCUUCGUCCCCUGCAAAGGGUGUUAGAGGUGCCACAGUACCAAAACCCUUCAAUCUGUCGAGGGGCAACAAGAGAACGGUGGAUGGAACAGGAGCUUAUGUGUCCAUGGCUGAGAAGAUAGCCCAGUUCCAGACGCAAACUCCUGAGCGCUACCAUCUGCGCAGCCGUCAGAAUCAAGAGAGAGGACCAUCUCCAGUAAAAGGUGGCCACCUCAAGCUCACUGAGCCUCACACCCCCCACCUGAUGACCCGCCAGAGGUAUCGCCCGCCGACUGUUAAGAGCAGCGCUGAACUGGAGGCUGAGGAGGUGAACAAACUUCAAAAGUUUAAAUUCAAGGCCCUGGAGCUGAAUAAGAAAAUCCUGGAGCGUCCAGAGGAGCUGAAGAAGCCGGCAGUGAAGGAACCCACGGUGCCUGAAGGCUUUGAGCUGCAGAUUGAAAAAAGGCUGCAGGGGAGACAGAAGCCCCAGGAAGAGGAAGAGAAGCCACACACCUUUAAAUCUCAACCUCUGCCCAAGAAGAUCCUGGAAGGAGUCGUGGGAAUACCAGAAAAGAGAGUUCUCAAUCCAACUGUUCCAGAGUCUCCAGCAUUUGCUCUGAAGAACAGGGUUCGUGUGGAACGUAAGGCUGAGGAAGUCAAACAGCCGUCACCAAUCAAGGCUCCUCCGGUGCCUCACUUCGGCCUCCCCUUCCAGCCGCGGCUUCCAGAGAGCCACCAUGUGGAGGUGUGUCCUUUCUCCUUUGAGAAGAGGGAACUAGAGAGGAGGGCACUGAAAGAGAAGAAGCUGGAGGAGCUGCGAAAUGAAGAGGUUCCUCAGUUCAAAGCUCAGCCACUGCCACACUUUGACACUGUGCUGCUCCCUGAAAAGAAGAAGCUGGGGCCCACAAAGCCUGAGCCCUUCAGAUUGAUGGCAGAUGAACGUGGUGCUGUGAAGAGCAGUCGAAGGGAACACAUGCUGAAAGAAGAACAGAAGCAACUCGAGGAAGCAGCAACAUUCAGAGCCAGGCCUAACACAGUCACUCAUAAAGAGCCUUUCCAGCCCAAAAAGGGGGAGCGGGCUGUAGUAGCUGCGGAGGCCUUCGAGCUGUCGACGGAGCGACGCGCUCGGGAGCGGCAGGAGUACGAGAGAGUGGCCAGCGAGAAGGAGGCUCGCCGGGCCCUAAUGGAGGAGCAGCAGAGACAGGAGGACGAGCAGCGGGAAAAAGAUCAUGUCGUCAGGAUGCGACACGAUCAGGUUCACAAAGCUCAGCCCAUCAGGCAUUACAAACCUGUAGCUGUGAAGAAGAGCGAAGUUCCUCUCACUAUCCCACACUCUCCAAACUUCUCUGAUCGCUUCCGCUUGUGAUCAAAGAAGCCGAGUUUUUUUUUUAUUUGUUAUGUGAGACACCGAUCACAUGACGUUUGUACAUAGAUGUGUAUAUUUAAAACCACUGCAGCUCAGCUUUCUGUCGAGCCUUUUGUAUUUUAAACGAUGUGUUUACUCUGUUACAUCAACUUAUAAUUAAAGUUUUUCAAACUUCA